CGGGAAGUAGGGGGCGAUAUUGAAAUCAAUGACAACUGGAGUGACGUUAUCAUCGUUUGACAGGAGACCACGAUCGCCAGACUUUAAAAUGGAUACUCUUAUUUAUAUACUCGAACAUGUUUGAUGUUUAAUUUCCCAAUAUGGCUGAAAUUGAGGAUCUCCCGUCUCCACAAUCGGCCGAGGAGACCGAAGAACCAGAAUCUCUCUCCUCACUGAAGGAAAAAUGUGCACAGCUACUGAAGGAAAAGCAGAAUAUUGAAGCAGAUUUCGGACAAAAACGAGCAAAAUUCAAGGAAAUUUAUUUGCAGAAGGAAGAGGAAUUGAAGAAAGAAAAGUUAGCUGUUAGUGAAUCUCAGAAUAUUGCUAAGAAGCUCCAGGAGGAUUUAGACAAGGUCGGAGGUGAACUGGAAAGUAUCAAGACAGCAGUAGCAUAUUCCGAGUCCAACAAACAGGACGAGAUCGCUUCUAUACAUGAACAAUGCCAACAGGAAGUGGCAUCGCUCCAACAUCUCAUGAAAGAGGUAGCUAACGAGGCCACCAGGAACACGGCGCUGAAGUAUGAGACUGAGCGAGAGAAGCUUCAGGAACUGAACGAAAACUAUGAAGAGGAGUUGCUGGACCUGAGGAAUAAACUUUAUGGUGGUGGACAGGAUAGUAGUGGGGAAGGAUUCCUGAGUACAGUAGCUAAACAGUUAAAACUGGUGAGUGUGGGUCAACACUCCACGUCCUCUACUCAGUCGGAACACGAAAGUCUGGAGGAAAGCAUGAAGAAGGCACAAGCUGAUGCGGAAAUCCUGAAAUCUGUUGUAAUGCCACUGGAAGAUGAAGUGAAGAUGUUGAAGGCAAAAUUAAAGGAGGCUGAUGAUAAAAUUCUCCAGCUUCAGAAUCAGCAUUCACCUGCUGGAGGAAUGAGCCCAAGUCAUCGACAGAUGACCCCUGACACUCAGUCCCUCCCAGACAUGGACCAGGUCCGCGACCCCGAGGAGAGGAUUAAAGAGCUUUUACAUUACUUAAGGACAGAAAAAUCCUCGCGUAAAGAUCUAGAAAUGUUCGUUGCUGUCCUGACUACGCAGAAAAAUGUGUUUGCUGAAGAUGCGGACAAACUUCGUGAGGAACUUGAAGAUGUUUGUGCCAUUCUGGACGAGGAGAAGAAAGCUCAUGAAGAAUUAAAACAGACGUGGCAGAUGGCAAACGACCAAUUCCUGGAAUCUCAGCGACUUAUGAUGAUGGAUCUACGCAGGAUGGAGAGUGUUCUGUCCGCAGAACAGCAGCGACAGAUCGCUGAGCUACAACAGAAAGACCUUGAACGUGAGGCUCAAGAAAAGAAGGUCAAAGGCCUCAAAGAACUUCAGCUGAAACAGCAGCGGGAACAGGAGGAGCGACGCCGAGCAGAGGCAACGAAGAAAGCUGAAGAGGCAUCUGAGAAACUCAAAGCAAAGGAGUCAGACUCAAGUGUAAGACUUCAGAAAUCUCACAGCGACGCUGUUCAUUCUCGGACACAGUCAGGUGACAGUGACCUACUUUUCACAAAGUCCCUAUCUGACCCAGAUCUAGCGGACGUCAGCCAAGAAGGUGACAGUUUCCUCGAUGCCAAAGUUGCUGAAGCUGACCGGUCAGAGAUAGAUGGAAUACGAGUCCAGAUCAGUCCGGAAAAAACUUUGAAUCUGCCAUCAUUAUCCGAAGCUCAGAAACGUGCUAUUACAGAUCCAACACCUGAUUUUGAAGCAAGACAAACACUACUGGCAAGUGCUAAACAUAAAAACGAGCGGUCAGCGCUGACUGACGGCCGGAGGUUGGUCAGUCAGAAGGAGUGGGAUCUUCUACAACAACAGCUACGGGAAGCUCGGGAGAAACUAGGCCGACCUUGUGAUAUGUGCAAUAACUAUGAAGCCCAGCUGCAGGGCGUUCAGGAAGAGUCCAAAGAGGAACAAGUCAAGGCUAACUCUCUAGAUAGACAACUCAAAGCAGAGAAACAGAUCAUCGAGAAUCAGAAAAAAUACAUUUCAGAACUCGAGGAGAGUUUGAAAUCUUCUGCAGAGGAGGCAGAAAAACAGAUAUCUAGUCUUAUAAACCAGGUUCAGCAGUGUGAGAAGUUUAUCACAGAGAGUCGCCAGCAGUACACUCAAUCGCAGCUCGAGUUACAGGAUCAGCUGAAAACAUUAACAGAAUCAAGGGAGCAGGUUCACAAAGAGUUAAACAGACUUCAAACAGAAAAUGAUUCCUUGAUCGGUAAACAUUCCAAAACAGCUCAACAAUUACAGAACGAGGACAUCAACCUUCCCCCUGGUCUUGAGGAGAUGCAGCUGCUACUACUGAAAUAUCGUGAAGAAAUUAUUCAGGCCAAAGUGGCUAAGGAGCAUAUAGAGGACACACUGAAAGGGGAGAUAAUGUUUCUCAAGGAUCAGGUGCUCGCAGAACAACAGGAAAAAAACACGAUUGAGGAGACACUCACCCAGGACAUUCAGUCGCUACAGGAAAGACUUGUUGUACAAGACAGUCUCAAGUCUGAACUGGAGCGAGAGUCAGCCGUCCGAGCGGAGGCGGAGACCAAACUGAGGGACACAGAGGAAAGUCUAAACAAUAUAGAGGCAGAAUCUAAACAGUCGAUCCAGGCCCUACAGCAACGAGUCAAACAACAGUCUGAGGCCAGAGCAAAGCUGGAGACAGAUGUGAAUGUAUAUAGGAACAAAGUGUCAUCUUUACAGAUUGAUCUAGAUAACAGUGAAACGGUCCAGAGAGACUUCGUCAAACUCUCACAAUCUCUACAGAUUCAGUUAGAAAAAAUUCGUCAGGCAGAGACUGAAGUUCGUUGGCAACAUGAGGAUGAUGUAGAUGAAUGUACAAAUUGUAAACAGGCUUUCAGUGUUACGAAACGCAAGCAUCACUGUCGACACUGCGGUCGUAUAUUCUGUGCGGACUGUACGGUGAAGACUGUAACGAAUGCCAGUAAUCGUGUUUCGAAGGUCUGUGACAUCUGCCACACGAUCCUUGUGAAGGACGCCAUGCCGUACUUUAGUACUGAGCCACCUAAUGUCAACGGAUAACAUGUUUAAUGUGAUCAUUUAUUGUUUGUUUCAACUCUCUUCACUUUUAAAUCUCCAUUUGACACCCAGAUCUAGUAAUGUGUGGCGAUCAUUUAUGUUGGUAUAUUUCCAUAAAGACUUGAAGAAUAUUUUGUUUCUUUCUAGUUUGAAAGAAAACAUUCAAAACUCUCAAUGAUAGAAUACUAAAAUUUAGACAUUUGAAUACAGCUUCUCAGGAGAUGUAUUUCAUAUAAUUUAUUUUUUGUAGUUGUUGUAGCACAAAUGUAUUUUAUUAAAAUCUGUUGCUCCUAAAAAGACAGAAAAUGUCCAGGAUUAAAAAUAUAGCUGGACAUAGAUUCAUUGAUGCCUCCAAAAUGUUUAUAACAAAAAGCUUACAUUUCCAAAAUAAACCAGCAACAAACAUACUAUAAGUGAGUACAACUGGACAAGGCUGUAGAACCAUUUAAUACAUGUCAUGUUAAUUUGUUUACAAAAUUCCAUCAUUUGUUUAUCUUUUUUCUAAAUGUACUGCUAAUAAUGUUAUUUAAUAUAAAAUGUCAGAAAACUUGACUAUUUAUUUCAUUGUUUUGCUGUCUGAGUUUUAAAAAUUGUAAUCCACUUUUUAAGAUGAUUCAUUACAAAGUGAAAUUUAUGUUAAAUACGACGUAAAACAUUCACAGAGUGACAAUGUUGAGAUGAAUGGUGUGAUGUCUGCCGUCCACCCAUCUGUAUGUCCGGUGUCACCAUUUCAAUAACCAACAAGCCCAGUGUCAUGAUAUUGGGCCAGUAGCUUCCUGCGGGAUGAAGGGCUACAUGUACCAGUUUCAUCCAAACUCAUGACCUUUGCCUUCUAUCUGAACCAGAGAGUUCAACUUUGUCAAAAUAUUGAAACAACCACUUCUCGAUAACCAAGAUGCCCAGGGUCAUAAUAUUUGGCCAGUACACUUGGAUGAAGGACUAAUUGGUUUGUUCAAAGGAAUUACCUUGAUCUACUUUCAAUUUCAAAUGAGUCAUAUGACGUCAAAGACUUAAUUCUGAAUACCCAAAUGUCUUAGGGUUAUAUUUUGCCAAAAGAAAAGAUGAAGGCCUUUGAUGAAUGUUUAAAUGAAUGUCCUUGAUGCUUAUAUCAAAGGUCAAGUGUCAUAACGUUCUGGAAUCUUCUGAUUAUAUCCAACAAAGUUAAGGGGGUAUACUAGAAUCAGACUGGUGUCUCUGUGUAACAUCACGUAUGUGUGUCUCAAUUUUUAGGUCACCUGAGACAGUCUCAGUUGACCUAUUGUGAUCGCCUUUUGUCCGAUGUCGUGCGUCAUUAACAAUUUACAUUUUCAACUUCUUCUCAAUUACAAACUGACCUAGACACCUGAUAUUGGGUCUGUAGCAUGCUGGGAUAAAGGGCUACUAAGUUUGUUCAAAUGGAUGACCUUGCCCUACAUUCAAGGUCACAGGGGUCAAAUAUGCUAAAAUCUUUAAAUGACUUCUUCUUGAUAACCAAAAAGGCCCAGAGGCCAAAUAUUGGGUCUGUAUCAUGCAUGGAUGAAGGGCUACCACGUUUGUUCAAAUGGAUGACCUUGACCUUCAUUCAAGGUCACAGGGGGCCAAAUGUGCUAAAAUAUAUAAAAAAGCUCAGGUGACCGUUAAGGCCCAUGGGGCUCUUGUUUAUCUUAUUUUUAUUUCAGUUACGGGUGGAUGUUGGAGUAAGGUUAUUUAUUAGUCAGCCAUUUUUGCGACAUUUUUAGUUGUUUCUGAACACCAUAACCCCAAGUUAAUGAUGAGUAACAAUUAGUGAUAAGUAAAGAUGGUCAUUUGAAUGCUACAUCAAUUAAUUAAAUCAGCUUUUGAAGUCACAUGAAUUUAAUCUUUCAAAAUUUUGGUAAUGAACUGCAAAGUGGUUGGUGAUGCAAGCCUAUUGGGCCUCUUGUUUAUGCCUUUUUAGGAUAUGGUAUUGAGGGCAUUGUUACAUGCUGUGUACAUAUUGGGGAUUUCUAGGUGUCAUAUAUGUCAGAAUUAACAAUCAUGUUGGUGAAUAUUUUGCCUUGCACAUCCAAGUAGCAACCAAAGCAGCUGUGGUGAUUGAUAGUAUAAAGUAUGCUAGAUUAUAUUUGUGUCAUUUUCAUUAAAAUCAUGUCAAUUGUAGUUUGUAUAGGAUCAUAUUUGGAUGUCCUAAAUGGUUCUUUAGGAUCCUGACUCCCCUAUAUAUAGGAUAUAUUGGGGUGUCUAAAUGGUUCUUUAGGAUCCUGACUACCCCUAUAUAUAGGAUAUAUUGGGAUGUCCUAAAUGGUUCUUCAGCAUCCUGACUACCCCUAUAUAUAAGAUAUAUUGGGAUGUCCUAAAUGGUUCUUUAGGAUCCUGACUACCCCUAUAUAUAGGAUAUAUUGGGAUGUCCUUAAUGGUUCUUCAGCAUCCUGACUACCCCUAUAUAUAGGAUAUAUUGGGAUGUCCUAAAUGGUUCUUCAGCAUCCUGACUACCCCUAUAUAUAGGAUAUAUUGGGAUGUCCUAAAUGGUUCUUUAGGAUCCUGACUACCCCUAUAUAUAGGAUAUAUUGGGAUGUCCUAAAUGGUUCUUUAGGAUCCUGACUACCCCUAUAUAUAGGAUAUAUUGGGAUGUCCUAAAUGGUUCUUUAGAAUCCUGACUACCCUUAUAUAGGAUCAUAUUUGGAUGUCCUAAAUGGUUCUUUAGAAUCCUGACUACCCCUAUAUAUAGGAACAUGUUGAAAAGUCUGACACACUAAUAAAAGCUGAAUGUAAAAGGGAAAUGUCAAUGAGAAUUUUUGUUUUAUUAAUAUUAUGAUUCUAAAAUAUUGGGGGGGUGAUCUGAAUUAUGAUAAUAAUAAAAAAAAAACAGGAGACAUUUUAAAUCCACAACAUAUUUAACUGUUACCAGAGAACACAGAAAAAAACAUCGGAAGACGUUUUAAAUCCACGAUAUAUUUAAGGGUUUAAUACUAGAGCACACUGAAAGAAAACAAAUUAACAAAUAAAAAUCUAUAUAACCUUCAUCAAGUGAACUGGGGAGGUCUCAAAGCUGUGAGUUGUUAGGGAUGUAAGCUGACAUCACCUACUGUAAACAAAACUCUACAAACGUCCUUGUAAGCUGGAUUUUAUUUCAGAUAACUUUUAAAUGUAUACUAUAACUGUACAUUUUUCUUGAAUCGCUGUCUGUGAAAUUGAUACUGUGGCUGUUAUACAAUUUUUUAUCCAGUGUAUUUAUAAAAUUGAUUUUAGAACUGAUUUGAGUACACAUAGAGACUGAUGAAUGUAUUUGUUUAAAGUAUGCUAGUAAUUAUAAUUAACGAAGUUCAGUUUAAUAAGUUAGCAAUGUGUAUUAAAAUAAUUCUCUAAGUGAAUGAAAGCUUCUUAUUCAAUUCAGUGGGCAAUCGUUGAAACACAAUGACGAUGUAUUUUACUGGGUAUUUAGAAUGCACGUUCAGUCGACUUGAAAUUUAGUCGGUAUUUUUAAUUACCAGUUUUUAAUUUCUUUGUGGAAAAGUCUUGCUCAACUUAGUGACAUAUUUUCUUUAUGAACAAUGGGUCUCUAUACAUCAGGUUUAUUGACAGAUUCCUACCGAUAAUUAAAAUCAUGUUUCUUUAGAAUUUAAUUUUUUUUUCAAAUGAUACCCGAUGAAUACCAACCAUGUAGGUAUUUUACGCUAGACAGUUUAUUUAAUUGUAUAGUCACGGUAAACACUAGCCGCAAUGUACCGCUUGCCUAAAGAAAACAUCUUUAGCUUGAUCUUUUAUGUGCAAGGCUAUUAUAUUAUCCAGAGGCCUCAUCAGGUUCGAUCCCUAAUGGAGGCAUUGAAUUUAAUUUAUCAUGCUCGCUGUUACUCUUGCGGUAAGAACGGACUCACUCUUUUGAAAAAACAGGUUUUAAAUUUAGAGAAUUUGUAGGUGUUUAAAUGUUUGAGUAGAGAGAUAUGUGGUCUUCGUACACUAUUACAAUGGUAUAAUAAACAGUACAUACAUUUA